CAUAUGCCAUGACAUCAGUUUCUUUUUUCUCCACUCCAUAUUUCCACUGCCGAAGCUAGUUUCUGAAUGCUUGUACUGAUUUUGCAAAUCUUACUUGCUUUUCUUCUCAGUUAGUGUUUUUCUUCUGUAUGGACUGCUCAAGAUUCGGUUAGGUUGUGGUGUGUUAGAGUUCACUGAGAUAGAUUUUUAUGAUAGAGAUAUAGCUGUGGUAGUGAUGCUCAACAUAUUCUUGUAACCUAUAUUGAGCAAAGUGUGUACUGUAUCUGGGAUGGCCUCGACAAGUGGCUCUAGAGCUCCGGUGAGUUUGCAACAAAGAGUUGUUAGGAUUCAGCAUUCUACAGAGGCGAAUGGUCGCAAGUCUACUAGUGAGCCGAAGGUGAUUGAUCUUGAGCAAUCAGUUGAUCCUGAUGAGGUGUGUUUGGUGUUGCCUAGAGAAGAUGCUGAGUCCAACAAAUCUGCUAAUAAUGAAAAAAACUCGUUGAUCCUUUUUGAUACCUCAGAGUCCAAUAUCUCUUUCUCCAGGUCUGAAAGGGAAUCUAAAGCUCAUGAUCUUGAGUUAACCGACAAUAGAAGCUCGCUGGAAACUUUCUUUGAUCAGGGAAAGAAUUCAUCUGGCAUUAUCAAUCCGAAGGUGAUUGAUCCUGAGCAAUCAGUUGAUCCUGAUAAGGCGUGUCUGCUGUUGCCUAGAGAAGAUGCUGAGUCCAACAAAUCUGCUAAUAGUGAAAAAAAAUCUUUGAUCCUUCUUGAUACCUCAGAGUCCAAUAUCUCUUUCUCUGGGUCUGAGAGGGAGUUUAAAGCUCAAGAUCAAGAGUUAACCGACAUUAGAAGCUCACUGGAUGUUUCCCAGGGAGAGAAAUCAUCUGGCAUUAGCAUGCCGAAGGUGAUUGAUCCCGAGCAAUCAGUUGGUCCUGAUAAGGCAUAUCUGCUGUUGCCUAGAGAAGAUGCUGAGUCCAACAAAUGUGCUAAUAGUGAAAAGAGUUCUUUGAUCCUUUUUGAUACCACAGAGUCCAAUAUCUCUUUCUCCGGGUCUGAAAGGGAAUCUAAAGCUCAAGAUCUUGAGUUAAUCAACAUUAGAAGCUCACUGGAACCUUCAUUUGAUCAGGGAAAGGAAUCAUCUGGGAUAGGGAGCGUAAUAGUUAGUGAUGAAACCAAUAGCCUUGCAAAAACCAGUGGAAGCACGAAAGUGACUGACCCUGCUGAGUUUAUUGAGAGUGAAAAGAGCAGCAUGUGUCGCGAAAGAGCACUGAUUGAUCUUGAGCAAUCAGUUGAUCCUGAUAAGGCGAGUCUGAUGUUGCCUAGAGAAGAUGCUGAGUCCAACAAAUCUGCUAAUAGUGAAAAAAAUUCUUUGAUCCUUUUUGAUACCUCAGAGUCCAAUAUCUCUUUCUCCGGUUCUGAAAGGGAAUCUAAAGCUGAAGAUCUUAGGUUAAAUGACAUUAGAAGCUCACUGGAAACUUCGUUUGAUCAGGGAAAGAAAUCAUCUGGCAUAGGGAGUGUAAAAAUUAGUGAUGGGACCAAUAGCCUUGCAAAAACCAGUUCUUCCAUAAGGAGUGUUAAAGUUAGUUAUGGAACCAAUGGCCUUGCAAAAACCAGUGGAAGCACGAAAGUGAGUGACCCUGCUGAGUUCAUUGAGAGUGGAAAGAGCAGCAUGUGUCGGGAAAGUACAAGCAGUGAUGUCAGUAAUGAGAGCACCUCUAGCAGCAGCUUUAGUAGCAGCAUCAAUAAGCCUCACAAAGCAAAUGAUGUUCGAUGGGAAGCCAUCCAAGCUAUCCGCUGCAGAGAUGGUGCAUUGGGUUUGAACCAUUUCAGGCUCCUAAAACGGCUAGGUUGCGGAGACAUUGGUAGCGUUUAUCUGGCUGAGUUGAGCGGAACUAAAUGUUACUUUGCGAUGAAAGUAAUGGACAAGGCAUCUCUAGCAAGUCGCAAGAAGCUUGUUCGCUCUCAGACAGAAAGAGAGAUAUUACAGUCCCUAGACCAUCCAUUCCUUCCUACUCUGUACACCCAUUUCGACACUGAUAAGUUUUCAUGUCUGGUGAUGGAAGUCUGCCCUGGUGGAGACUUGCAUACUCUUCGUCAAAGGCAACCUGGAAAGCACUUUUCCGAGCAAGCAGCCAAGUUUUAUGUUGCUGAAGUGCUGCUAGCUCUGGAGUAUUUGCACAUGCUUGGUAUUGUUUAUCGUGACCUUAAGCCUGAAAACAUUCUUGUUAGGGAUGAUGGACAUAUAAUGCUCUCAGACUUUGAUCUUUCUCUUCGUUGUGCUGUUAACCCAACUUUGGUAAAGACCCCAUCCAUUACUUCCGAUCCUCAGAAAAACAAUUCCACUUACUGUGCCCAGCGGGCAUGCAUUGAACCAGCUUGCAUUCAGCCAUUGUGUGUUGUUCCAACAAUGUGCUUUUCUCCUCGCCUCUUUUCAAGAAAAUCAAAGAAGGACAGGAAGCCCCAAAAUGAUAUCGGAAAUCAGGUUAGCCCAUUGCCAGAGCUGAUAGCUGAACCAACCAAUGCUCGUUCAAUGUCUUUUGUUGGAACACACGAGUAUUUGGCACCAGAGAUCAUCAAAGGUGAAGGUCAUGGAAGUCCAGUGGAUUGGUGGACUUUUGGGAUCUUUUUAUACGAGCUCUUGUUUGCUAAGACUCCAUUUAAAGGAUCUGGGAAUCGAGCCACAUUGUUCAAUGUUGUCGGCCAGCCCCUACGGUUUCCAGAAUCCUCUGUUGUCAGUUUCCCUGCUAGGGACUUGAUAAGGGGUUUGCUUGUGAAAGAGCCUCAGCAUAGAUUAGGCUACAAAAGAGGUGCAACUGAGAUAAAGCAACACCCUUUCUUUGAAGGAGUUAAUUGGGCUUUAAUACGCUGUACCACCCCCCCAGACAUCCCAAAGGCUGUUGAUUACGAUAAAAUGCCUACUCCAACGAAUGAGAAGACCCCUACUGCUGCUGCUGCUACAAAUCAGAAGAGCAACACAUAUUUGGAGUUUGAUUUCUUCUAGUUAAUUACCAAGGUUGCCUUAAAUUAAGAAAUGACUGUGGAUCAUAUUAAGAGAGGUAGGUUGGUGAAGAUCAGUACAAAUAUCGCUCCCUCCUGUUCUUUAAACUCAUAAAUGCCCUUGAUUCCAUGCGUCCCUUAAAUGGUACGCGAAGAAGUUUUUCUUUUCCCCCUUUUUUCUAUUUCUAUUAUUUUUGAGACUGGCAAAAUGUAUCUCCAUGUAGUUAACUACAUUGUGUGAACAGUUGGAAGCUGUUAAAAUUGUAUGGUUCCUGUUAGUUUGAGAAUCAAAUGUCAAUGACUGUAUAGUUUUCUUGUAACUUUUUGGAAAAAAGGUUGAUGAAUGCAAAACAAGGUAGGGCCGAAUUUAUAGACCCAUAUUUUGA